AUGGCCAACAAGCGUAGACACGGUCCUGACGACGCAUCCGACGACGACUCACCACCAUCCUCUCCCAAACGCGCCAGAGUCUAUGCCCAGCCCGCAGACGAUGCACCCCUCGAGACCGACGAAGUUGAUGGCGGUUACACAUACCAGUACCACAGCCAUGUCAACGAAGAUCACGACCUGCACCUCGACGUCUCGUCCGACGAGGGCGAGGACCCCGAAUCUGAAAUCCGCGCUACUCAGCUGGUACAACGGCAUUACUCGCAAAACAAGGAGAACAAGGCUGCCGAGCAGGGCAUCAUCGAGGAUGUCUACAUGGAAAACUUCAUGUGCCACAGUAAGCUCCGCAUCCAACUCGGCCCCCUCAUCAACUUCAUCAUCGGCCACAACGGAAGUGGAAAAAGUGCCAUUCUCACCGCUCUCACCAUCUGCUUGGGUGUCAAGGCCGCUCAGACAAAUCGUGCUGGCAGUCUGAAGAACUUCAUCAAGUCUGGCGAAGAGAAUGCCUACGUUGCUGUCAAGAUCAAGAACCAAGGCGACAUGGCCUAUAAGCCUUACGAUUACGGCAAGUCCAUUAUCGUCGAGAGACACUUCUCCCAGACCGGAAGUGGCUUCAAGAUCAAAAAUUCUGAAGGUAGGACCAUGUCUACCAAGAGAGCCGAACUUGAAAACAUUGUCGACUUCUUUGCUCUUCAGCUGGAUAACCCCAUGAACGUCUUGUCUCAGGACAAGGCUCGUGAGUUCCUCAGCGGGUCCUCACCUCACGACAAAUACAAGUUCUUCAUCAGAGGUACUCAGCUCGAACAGCUCGACAGCGAUUACCGCCUGCUCGAAGAACAGUUGGACACCAUCGAGAGCAGAUGCGAAGGUGCCGAGACUGAUCUUGAAGUUCAUGGCAGAAAGGCUAGGGAAGCAGAGGCCAAGAAGAAGCUCAUAGAUCAGAGUCAGACUACUAUGGAGAAGAUCAACCAGCUGCGCUGGCAACAUGCUUGGGCUCAAGUUGAAGAGCAAGAACGUGAACUUGCAAAUAUCGAGGAAAAGAUUCGCCAGGCCGAUAACAAGAUCGCCAUGCAGCAAGCAUCAGCCGACAAUGCCAGCAAGCUUUACGACGAAUCCAACGCCACUCGCGAAGCGAAUGCCGCCGUCAUCACUGACCUCAAGGAGCAGCUGGGUCCUCUACAAGAGAACUAUAACGAGAUCAAGAGUGUCUUCGAUUCAAACAUGAAUACCAUGCGCGACAAGAAGGCCGAGCAAAGGAACAUCAGAGAAGAUAUCAAAUCCUCUAAGAAGACCAUGAGUGAUCUAGAGACCAAGAUGAAUGCCGAAAGGACCAGGAUCGAGAACGCCAACGGUCCCGCCCACGCCCACAAGGUGUCCGAACUGGAGGAUGCUCGUACUCAACUUCAGCAGGCCAAACAGCGCGAAGAGGAGCAUUCUUCUCAGAGAACGCACAUUGACAACGGCGUGAUCCAGGCCCAGAAAGAAGUGACUGAUGCUCGUGGAGGGGCCUUGCAAAGCAAGAAGAAAGCUGUCAGCGAUGCGCAAGACAUGUUGGAGCGGUUACGAAGUGACCAAGGUCAACAAGCCCGCGCUUUUGCUCCACCUAUUCACAAUGUUCUCCGACAGAUCAGAAAUGAACGCGGCUUCUCGAAAGAGCCGAUUGGACCGAUGGGCAUGUACGUUCGACUACUCCAGCCAGAAUGGGGUUCCAUCAUCGAGUCAACCUGUGGUGGACAACUCGAUGCGUUCGUUGUCGCGAGCCAUCAUGACAAGGUGUUGCUAUCAAGAAUCAUGAGACAACAGAACUGCCAUUCCAACAUCUUGAUCAACAAUGGAGCUCAGAUCAACACACGGCAAAAUGAGCCAGACGCGGAUCUUGUCACUAUGCAACGAGUUCUGGAGAUCGAAAACGAUGCAGUCCGCAACUGUCUCAUCAUCAACCAAUUGAUUGACCAGACAGUGCUCAUGCCUGACAGAAAUACUGCCAACGAGUUUGCACAGAGACGUCCACGUGGCGUGAAAGUGGUUGUCUGCCACAAUGCUCAUGUGCGAGGGGCCGGUCAUCGUUUCAACCCUACAAGAGGCGGAAUGCAAAUGGGCCCGGUCAAAAAAUGGCAAGGACAGAUGCGUUUGAAAACCAGUCUUGAGGCACAAUUGAACAUCGCGCAAGAGAACCUUAACGGCGCCAAACGAGACCUUCAGGAGGCCGAGAACCAGAUCCGAACGUUGGAGACCGCCCUUACUCGCGCCAAACAGGCGAAGAACCGACACGAUAGAGACGCAAAGGAGAUUCGCUUGCAGAGGCAGCAACUGGAAGAUCGAAUCGAACAGCUGCAGGCCGAGCUAGACGCCGAUGCUGUUAACGACACGAGCGCUUUGGACGAGCUACACGCACAAUACAGCGAGGCCGAGCAGAACCUCCAAGCUGCGAAUGACACUAUGGAGGACUCCGUCAACGCUUUGGACAAAUUGGGUGAUGACAACAGGGACGUCAAGCACCAACUCGAUGCUGCCAACAAACAGGUUGAAGAAGCCAAAGCACAACUCACAAAGGCAGAGAGAAGGCUGGAAGACAAGACUGCUUCGCGGGAAUAUGCCCUGCGACAGAAGAACCAGGCCCUCGAGUUCGUGGACAUGGCACAGCAAGAGAAAGAGUCACUCGAGGUCUCGCGCGUUGAGCAGGAGAGGCUCAUCAAUGAGGAUUAUCUACCUGGAGCGACAAAUGUCAGUCGCAGAAUUCCUGUGGAGCCAGGCAACACCGUCGAAGUGCUGGACCGCAAACUCGAAAAGCUGGAGCAGGAGCACAAACGAUACCAGGACAGCAUCGGCGGUAGCCGCGAAGAGAUCUAUCAGGCCUGGCGCGAUGCACACAAGAAGUUCGCCAUCGCCCAACGAGCCUUGUCUGGACAGAAGGAUGUUGCAAAGAAGCUCAAGUCAGCGCUACUCUACCGCAAGAAUCGCUGGAAGCUCUUCCGUAAGCACAUCACUACCAGAGCAAAGAUUACUUUCAGCUACCUCUUGUCGGAACGUAACUUCCGUGGUCGCAUUCUGGUUCAUCACGCCGACAAGACGCUGGACAUCAACGUUGAACCCGACAUCUCGAAGAACAGUGACAAGGGUCGUCAAACCAAGACUCUAUCUGGUGGUGAGAAGUCUUUCUCGACUAUUUGUCUGCUGCUUUCGAUUUGGGAAGCCAUGGGCUCGCCAAUCCGCUGUCUUGACGAGUUCGAUGUUUUCAUGGAUAGUGCGAACAGAGAGGUCAGUAUGAAGAUGAUGAUCCAGGCUGCUCGUAGAUCUGUUGGCAGACAGUUCGUGCUCAUCACACCGCAAGCCAUGGGCAAGUACAUUGAGGGAGUUCAAGAUGUCAGUGUGCACAAAAUGGCGGAUCCUGAGAGAGGACAGACGACGCUGGAUUUUAGCGCUGCUUAG